AUGUUUCGACCGGUAGACUCGGCCGUGAGGCUGGCCAUGUCCAGGACCUCUCGGCGGUACUUCUCCGCUGCGCGCAACCUAGCUAAAUCUACUGCUUCCACGACUCCCGCAAGAUCCAGAUCAGUCCACUCGACGACGCGACAGCUCCCCGACGGCAUCGUUCCAAGUUGUAACCUAGCUGCGCACACGCAACAAGUUCCGAGGCAUUUCUCGACAUCCCGUUCAGUUGAGAGGGAGGCGGCGGCGGCGGAAAGCGAAGUAUCUGAUGCACAUGGGAGAAAACCCAGACUCCAGAAGAACGAUCUCUUCCACCCAUUUUCGACAUCUCCGCUGCCCGAAAUAAGGAGAAAGGCCGAGUUCAUAAGGCAGCACGCCUACUGCCCGCACCCGGACCACCGAUUGACUCACUUGCCUACGGUAGCGCCCAAGGAGGAGGACGCAACUAAGCAAGGCGGCAGCUUAGCACCGGCUCAUGUGCACUUCGAAUGCCCGGAUUGUGGUAUUCCUGUGUACUGCAGCGAGGGCCACUGGAUGGACGACUACGAGGCGCACCUUGAGAUUUGUGAUACCCUGCGAGAGAUCAACGAAGACGAGCAUGAUCUGAGGUCUGGUCGGGUCUUCCCCGAGUUCCAGUUUGGUGCAGAGCAGCUUCCGGAGGCGGUUGUGAAUUUGCUGAACUGGGAUACGUUUAUGUAUUCUCGGCAGUAUGCAGCCAUCCAUGAAGAAAGGGCUAUGCGGCACGCUACCAGGCUUCUCACGUAUCCGGUUACCAUCGGAAGCGUCCUCCACGAGUUGUCUCCGUACAAUAUCAGAAACCGUGUUACUGCGGAAGGGUUGAAGAGUUUUAGUGCUCUGCGUUAUUCGCUUCACCCGCCGAAGUCCGGAGGAGGAACAGACAUCAAGGGUCUUAGACCCACCCCGCCGCCGAUGAGAAUCUUCAUCCUUGGUGCCCGAGCUGAAUCCUCCCUCCCGCGCAAUGCCUGGAUGGAGCUUGCGCAUCUGUUCCCCGACUCGAGGCUCCACCUCAUCUUCAUCGGUCCGGAGAGUAUGGCAAACCGCGACGACGAGUUCCCGUUGCCAGAGAGGACACCGCAGAACCCCUUCGGUAUGGUUGUCGAAGACCGCGUAGGCCAGAACCUGAAGAUCAGCACCAUCGUGGACUACUACCACACGAUCCACAAGACCGGAUACUUCACGCCGUACGAUCCCUACUUUGACUGCUUCGUGCUCUUCCACCCUGGUCUUGGACAUCCCGCCAGCAGUCACGAGUGGACAGAAACUCUGCCUAUGCUCCUAGAGACUAAGCUCCCAAUCAUUUGCACCGGAUACACGCAGUUCGACAUGCAAAGAGACAUCGACUGGAUACAUGAGACGGCUCGCGGCGAGUUCGAUAUGCUCCUCGAGCCUGGUGAGAAUCUCUUCCGAAGUCUCAAGUGGGACUUGAACGAUCUCGAUCCCCAGGACGUCAGCUGUGGUAACUGGGGUGUUUGGGCAUUCCGUGGAAAGAGAUACGAGACUACGAGAAAGGAGGAUGCUGCUUAG